GUACCUAAACGAUCUAUACAUCCUGGAGCUGCGGCCGGGCUCGGGGGUGGUGGCCUGGGACAUCCCCAUCACUUACGGGGUGCUGCCCCCCCCCCGGGAAUCCCACACGGCCGUCGUCUACACCGAGCGGGAGAGCCGCAAGUCCAAGCUCGUUAUCUACGGGGGAAUGAGCGGCUGGCGCCUCGGAGACCUCUGGACCCUCGAUAUCGAGACGCUGACCUGGAACAAGCCCAGCCUGAGCGGGGUGGCCCCCCUGCCCCGCAGCCUUCACUCCGCCACCACCAUCGGCAACAAGAUGUACGUGUUUGGGGGCUGGGUGCCCCUCGUCAUGGACGACGUGAAGGUGGCCACCCAUGAGAAAGAGUGGAAGUGCACCAACACCCUGGCCUGCCUCAACCUGGAUUCCAUGGCGUGGGAGCCCAUCCUGAUGGACACGCUGGAGGACAACGUGCCGCGGGCACGGGCCGGCCACUGCGCGGUGGCCAUCACCACCCGCCUCUACAUCUGGAGCGGCCGGGACGGCUACCGCAAAGCUUGGAACAACCAGGUCUGCUGUAAGGAUCUCUGGUACCUCGAGACCGGGAUCUCUAACCUGGGCAAGGUGAUGUCGGUGGUGCAGACCAAACCGGUGCAAACCUCGGCGGUGACCGGACAGGCGUCCACCGGCCCCGUCACCCAGAUCAUCCAGACGAAGGGCCCGCUGCCGGCGGGGACCAUCCUGAAGCUGGUGACGUCGGGAGACGGGAAACCCACCACCAUCCUAACGACGACGCAGGCCGGGGCGGGGGGGGCCAAACCCACCAUUUUGGGCAUCAGCAGCGUCUCCCCCAGCACCACCAAACCCGGCACCACCACCAUCAUCAAAACCAUCCCCAUGUCCGCCAUCAUCACCCAGUCGGGAGCCACUGGUGAGCGCCGGGACGUGGUCCUUAAGGGAGCCCCCGGGCAACCGGGCACCAUCCUGCGCACCGUGCCCAUGGGGGGCGUCCGCCUGGUGACGCCGGUCACCGUCUCGGCCGUCAAACCCACCGUCACCACGCUGGUGGUCAAGGGGACCACGGGCGUCACCACGCUGGGGACGGUGACGGGCACGGUAUCGACCAGCCUGGCGGGGGCCGGGGGCCACAGCGCCACCGCUUCGCUGGCCACCCCCAUCACCACGCUGGGAACCAUCGCCACGCUCUCCAGCCAGGUCAUCAACCCCGCCGCCAUCACCGUUUCGGCCGCCCAGACCACCAUGACGGCCGCCGGCGGGCUCGGCACCCCCACCAUCACCAUGCAGGUAAGGGGGGGCGCGACCGAGGACGGGACGGCGAUCCCGGACCAUUCCCAGCUGCGGCGGCAGGAGCUGCAGCCGGGGACGGCGUACAAGUUCCGCGUGGCGGGGCUGAACGCCUGCGGCCGCGGGCCCUUCUCCGACCUCUCCGCCUUCAAGACCUGCCUGCCCGGCUUCCCCGGAGCCCCCUGCGCCAUCAAGAUCAGCAAG